AUGGCGGCGGAAAACUGGCCUGCCGGGCUCACGGACGAGUCCGUGAACGCGGCGAUCGACCGGCUGCUGCGCCGCGAGGACUGGGACACCAUCUCGGUCAAGGUGGUGCUCCGGAUGCUCGAGACGGAGCUGCUGCCCGGCGCCGACGGCUCCCUCCGCGCGCACAAGAAGUUUGUCAAGGCGGCCGACUGCUACCUCGAGAACGGCGCCGACGUGCCCUACGUCGCGCGACUGCAGGAGAUCUUCGUCUACUCGUUUGCUUCGUCGGAGGUCUACUUCAACGCGCGCUGGUACUACCGCGAGGGCGACGUCCACGAGUACGCAAAGAUGGCCGGAGCGAGCGGCAAGGUCAAGUACGAGGGAGGCACGCUCACCGCGGCGCCGUCGGAGCUCUUCUUCUCGCUGCAUUUCGACGAGAACCACUCCGACUGCGUCCUCCGCCCGUGCGCCGUCCACCUCCUCGACGAGCGGCCCGACGGCGGGUUCGGGCCGCACGAGUUCUUUGCGUGGCGCGCGUACGAGAAGAAGGCGGCCAAGCGCGGCCCCGCGGCCAAAGCGGCGGCGGCCCGCGAGGCGUCGGAGAAGGAGCGGCGCAAGCGCCAGGAGACCGAGGCGCGGGAGACGGCGCGGGAGACGGCGCUGUCGGCGGACGAGCUGAGGGCGCUCGUGAUGCCGCGUCGGCACGCGGAGGUCUGGAUCGAGACGCGCGCGUUCAAUCGCGUGGCGGUCGACUCGCUCGUGCGGUGCGUGCAGCGGCUCAACGGCCAAAAGUCGUUUUACGUCGGUCUGGUCAUCGCCACCAAGCGGGCGCCGCGGCCGUACCGGCUGGGCAAGAAGCUGGUCGAGAUGUCGCUGCAGCUGCGCACGUCGGUCGGCACGCGCCUGGCCGGGCUCGACACGCUGUCCAACGAUGCCCCCUCGGAGGCGGAGCUGCAGCGGUUCAAGGUGCCGCUCAACCCGGUGCACAUGCGCAAGCACAUGCGCAAGGUGCAGGCGGCGAUGAGCGAGCAUGCGGAGAAGUUCGACGAGCAGGACCUGCUGCGAAGGGCGGAGGAGGAGGAGCGGCUGCGGCGGGCGCGCGAGGCGGAGGAGGAGGCGGAGCGGGCCGCCGACGAAGAGAGAGAGCGCAAGGGGCGCGAGCGCGAGGAGAUGCGCCGGCGUGCUGCGGACAAGGCGGCGGGCGGAGGCGCGGCCGAGCCGGAGCAGUGGUGGCUGUCGUACAACGUGACGCGGGGCGACGCGUCGGGGCGCGAGGUCGCAAAGUGGCGCGCGCGGCUGCUCCGCUUCGAGAAGAUUGCAAAGGCGACGGUGGCCGGCGGCGAGCGCGAGAAUGCGCUGCGCUCGAUGCAGGUCGACCAAGCGGCGGACGAGGCCGAGGAGGCGUAGCGGGCCGAGGCGUAGACGCAGCAGGCGCAGUGGGGCCGCGCGUGGACCAUGGUGUCGGGCCCGCUUGCGCGGCAGAGGGCGUCGGACGGUCUCGACCCGCCAGUGAGGUGCACGCACGUUGAAACUAGCUGCUGGGUGAGGACGGUAUGUACCGCCAAAGAGCCAAACUCGCAGAC